UUUUGGACUAAUUACAAUGUUAGAUCGUCGCAAACACAUUGGAUAGUUUGGACAAGGUUGAAGUUCGGCGGAACGUUUGAUGUUUCGCGAAACGAUCGUAGUCUGGUAAUAUACUCAACGUAUUUAUGGGUUUCCGCGGUGGGAGGUUACUAGUAAAUUUGAUUUGAAUGAAAAGGAAGCAUACAGAAAAAUCUGCUUACGUGUCAGCACCAGUAAUGCCAACCAGUGUACAAGAAGAUCUUAGUGAUGUGAGCGAUGAUUUUGAAGAUACAUACAAUACAGAAGUAGCUAAUAUUCAGACUCAGUUAGAUCAAUUGGAUAACAAAACUCAUCCAGAAUUUGUGAAAAUUCGUGAAGAAAUCGAAACUUGGUAUUCGGAACAAAAACAACGUAUUCAAAUUCUACAUGAACACAAAUUAGAUACUAUUUAUCGUGAGUAUACAAAAGAAGCUGAAGCAUGUGAUCGGGAUUGUGAGCAUGAGAAACGACGAAUUCAAGCUUAUUUAGUAUCAUUAUGUGAAGAACUGAAACGACGUUUGGAACAUGAUAAGAGAAGCAUUGAAUUGACUCCAAGUGGAGAUAUUCUUGAAUUUAAACCUGCGAUAACUCGGAAGUUGAGAAGACGCGCUAUAGGUGGGGUUGGUAGUGGUGUUAGCGUCGGCUCGGGGGGCGGAAAUGAUGUUUCCGCUUCAAAUCCAGCUAAUUUCAUGUAUUGGGGUGACUUACUUCUUUGUGGUUCACAUUGGCCAGUGAAUUCGAACUUGAGUACAAGAUUACAGAAACCCAAUUCAAAUGAUUCAUACAGUUCUAGUGCUAUUGCAAAUAGCAAUGAUGAAAAUACCGAUCCAAUCCAAUCGUCAUCAAAUUUAGAGAAUGAACCUAAAGAGAAUGCUUUAAGUGAUGUAACGGGAAUUUCAUGUAGUAAUACGACGUCAUCAGUAUUCCAGUCGACCGCAUUAUCGUCAUCAUUAUCAAUAACGUCGGCACUAACCACAACAGCGACGAUGCCUACUACAACUUCCAUAACUAGCACCACGUUCAAUUCAACUUCUAGGUCAAACAUAUUUGGUACUUUAGGUUUAAACCCCUUUGAUGGAAGUUUGUUAUCACAUUUAUUAGCUUCGAUGAAUAACAACACAUCAUUGACAAAUUUCUAUACGAACCCUUCAUAUUGUAUAUCAAACACACCAGACAACAUAAAUAAUGUCGGUGACUUUUUAACUAAUGGAGGUGUAGCAGUGAAUUCAUCGUGUAAUUCUACUGCAGUAGCUGUGGCAGCUGUUGCAGCUGGUCUUAUUAUGCCAUCAAAUGGUACUGGAACCAUUGGUUUAUCAAAUAACAUCAGACUCUCUCCAGCUACUGCACUUGGUUGUGGUCUAGUACCACUUCUAAAUAAUACUAAUAACAAUCAUAUUCAUUCUUCAUCAACGUCUAUUCGUAAAAGGCGUCAUCAGAAUACUGCACCUAGUGCACAAUUAAAUCUUUUAUUACCGGAACAUGAGAUUUAUGCAGAUUUGACAAUUAUUCAUAGAGCUUGUUCGAAAGUUUCAAAUAUUCCCAAUGGAACAUCAAUGAGUAGCGGUAGUCGUAAGCAUUCUUCACAUACUACAAGCAACAAUUCCAAUUAUACUCCUAAUAAUACUUCGAAUACAUCUCAAUUAUGCUGUAAUAGUCCGUUAAGUCCUUCCUUAGGUAAAUGUUAUGAAGAUAAUUGUGGCUCAAGUAGACUGACAAAAGAUUCCAAUACAACAACUAUGAAUACACCGUUAUUUUCAUCUCAUUCAAUGGGUUCGCCUAAUUCAUUCAAUAGUGCAAGUGUUGGUGACUUGUCAGUAACACGUACAGGUGCACGUACAACUGGUACCGGUCACAUUGGAACUAAUUCAUCCAUGAAUAACCAGUCAAAUACAUCGUUUUCUGUAUGGAUAGACGAUGGACGACUUUACUGUGGGCAUAAAUGCUAUCAGAUUGGUGCUUCAGUUAUCUUAGAAGGUCGUGAUGGUUCAAGCCAUCGAUGCACUGGUACAAUAGCAUCUAUUGGUGUUCAAGACAUAGCUAUACGAAGAUGUUCAGAUCAUGGAAUAUGUCGUGUAACUGUACAACAAUUAAAACAAGGACGAUAUGCAAUAUGGCCAAAUAAAUCUGAAUAGAAUAACUUCACCAUCUCACAAAUCAUUCUUGGUUUUAUUGUAAUCAGAAAAAGAAUAACUAUCGAGAGAACCGAUCCUAUUGUAAAGUGUAGAUUGUUAUUAAUACUGCACUUUUACAAGUUCCCUAUGUGAAUAUAUAUACUUGUACAUGUACAUUUCUAUGAUCAUCCUUAUCAUUUGUCAAUUCCAUCUUUAUUCAUUAUUCCAUGUCAACACCCUGUCAAUCCUGUCAUAAUAUCAUUUCAGAAUAUAAUUUAAUCUCUUCUUUUUCGUU